CUUCAAAAUUAAUUCAAGCAUGUUCUAAAUUUAUUCAAUCAUGUUCUAAAUUUUCAAGCUCAUGUUCUAAAUUUAUUCAAGCAUGUUCUAAAUUUAUUAAAUGAUGUUCUAAAUUUUUUCAAGCAUGUUCUAAAUUUAUUCAAGCAUGUUCUAAAUUUAUUCAACCAUGUUCUACAUUUAUUUAAACAUGUUCUAAAUUCAUCCAAACAUGUUCUAAAUUUAUUCAAGCAUGUUUUAACUUUUUCAACGGUGUUCUAACUUUAUUCAAGCAUGUUCUAAAUGUAUUCAAGUAAGUUCUAAAAUUUAUUAUAGCAUGUUUUAAUGCUGCCACUUUUCUUUAUUGCCAAUGUACACUUGAUAUAUGUUGGCAAUUAAGAAGAGAUACAUACAGAAAAGUAAAAUAAAGAUAAACUAAUUGCGCAACCAUGUACUACGAUAAGCCACAGUGUUCACAGCAUAAUUUUGCAAAUUUAGAGGCUACAAUACACUUUGAGAGUGAAAUAUUUACCAAACAACUUCCAAGUUUACACAAUCUAAAUAGAUAAACUCCGAUAUUCUACCGCACCAGCACCAAAGAAAUAACAUAAUAUACCAGUAUACAAUUGCAGGUUUCCAAAAUAUUAAGGUCGUACUGAUUGGAAUGUAAUUAAAAACAUCUGGUAAAGUUGCUAGAAACAUUCGAAGUUUGAUUUGCAGGUUCACAUAUAUGUUUUGAUUUCGAAGAAUCGAUUGAAAAAUCGAUUGAAAAUUGCUGAUUAAAAUUGAUUUUGAAUCGAGAAAUCGAGAAAUGAGAAUUACUGGAUUGAAAUUACCGAUUGAAAUUGCUGAUUGAAAUUAGUGGAUUUCUGGUUCAAUUUGACCGGCGAAUUUGUUCGAGCGGCGACGAGAAGAGAAGGAACCACCGCGAGCAACGGCGGCGAUCGAUUUAGGCGAGGUUCGGCGACCAACGAUGGAAUUGCUGGGAGCAGCGGCGAUCUGCGGCGGCGAGCAGCGUCGAGCGGCGGCGGUGAGCAACGGCGAGAAGCGGCGGCGAUCGGCGGCGGCGAGCAGCGAACUGAGCAGUGAGAGAAGCGUUCGAAAGGAGAGAGAGAGAGAGGGGAAUCGAAGAGAGAGAAAUAGGGCUGGAAAUAAUGGAAAAAAUGGUUAAAAAAUAAUUAUAUUGGGAUAUUUGUUCAUAAUAAUUACGAAAAUGCCAUUAUUAAAAAGUGUUCUCACCGUAAAGAAGUGUUCUCACCGUAAGGAAGUGUUCUCACGAGAGCCUUCCUCUAUAUAUAUAUAUAUAUAUAUAUAUAUAUAUAUAUAGGGAGGGAUCAUGUGAAAAUACCUCCUUAUGUGAGUAUACUAAUAUAUAUGAGAAUGAAUCUAAUCCGUAGGAUUAGAUUCAAUCUAAUGGCUAGGAUUAAAUAAGAAAACCCAUCAAACUUCCAAUUAAAACCAAUCACUUUUUCAUUAAACCCACGUAACUUUCUCUCUCCAGACCCUCCUCUUCACUCUUUCCCUCUCACGCGAUUUUGAACUCCCUAUUAUCCCCUCAAUUUUCUCUCUCCUUUGAAGAAAACCGCCAUCGCAGCCUCCAAAACGGCAAAUCGCUCCGUCGUCGCAACUCCAAUUAUUGAUUUAAGAUGAUUGGAGUAGAAAAACAAUACGAACGACGAAGCAAAAACAAACACGACAAACUAGCAAAAAAUCCAGACGAUAAUGAAGAGGUAAUCGAAACUCACAACAAUAGAGAAACUAAAGCUAACCUCAAUGAAGAAACCGAUGUUAAUGUGAACAAAGAACAAGAGGAAGUGAAUAAGAAACAUAACAAACUAAGGAAACAUGUUGCAAAGAGGAAAGAGAGUACAAAAAUUGUUGUUAGAGAUGUCAAGAAGCACAAGUCUAUAGUUGAGGUGCGUUCGGGGUCACAAGACUGCAUAGAAGUGGAUAACAAUUCAAGGUCGGUGAAGAAGGAGGAAAGACUUUUGAUCCAAAGAAUACCAGCAAAUUGGUUCAUGGCACUUAUUCCUAAAAUUCCCAGACAACACAGAGCUUCCAUUAGGAAGAUAGGCUUUGGUGCCUUGAUUUGCAUAUUGGUGCCCAUAAGUCAAAGUUUUCUGUUGAACUUGUAACAAGCUUAGACACCAACAGAGUUACUUUGGUCAUGUAUAGCAAAGAAGAAAUAGAUAUUGAGUUGGAUGACAUACACCUUGUCUUAUGUUCUAAACUAGCAUUGCAUAUGUUCUGAAUUAACAUUGCAUAUGUUCUAAACUAAUGUUGCUUAUGUUAUGAAUUAACAUUGCUUAUGUUCUAAAGGUUUA